CAUAAAGUGCAAGGGGUCCUGUCCUGCAAAUCAUUAUCUACAUGCUGGUGCUGUAGGAAGACUACAGGAGGCUCUGACUGUGAUCACAGAGGUUCAGUUGGCGCAAUGGGAGGAACUGUGGUUUUGAUUACUUCCUUCUUGGUGCUUUUGGUAACCAUGGCAACAGCUGCAGAAAAUGGAACAAUCUGCAAGGCCUCUCCCACAUGGAGAAUUGAGAACGAAGACCCGAUGGCUGGAACGCUUGGACAAGUGACCGUCCUGGCUCUGCUACAAGCCAGCUGCAGAUUCUGUCUCACGCAGGCUGCCAACAUGGGACCACUGCGUGACAAGCUGUCCACUCAGGGGCUGACCAAUAUCAGCUACAUAAUACUUAAUGAUCAGAGUUUUUUCUCCCUGCUCUUGUACCCUGAGCUAAAGCGACGUGCUCCUGCUGGGGUGCCUGUGUACCAGCAACUCCCCAGCCAGCCUGAAAUCUGGGAAAUAUUGAAUGGAAAUAAGGAUGACUUUCUUAUCUAUGAUAGGUGCGGCCGCCUCACGUUCCACAUCAGACUCCCCUAUAGCUACUUGCACUACCCGUAUGUAGAGGCUGCUAUACGCUUCACUUAUAACAAUGAUGUCUGUGGAAACUGCAGCUUCUACCCCAACAGCACUCAGCAGAUGAUGAAUACAAGCGCAGUUUUCCCUAUUAGCACAAGGUCACCAGAAACACCAGCACCAACCAUUCAACUGAAAGAACUACUAAAUAACCAGCCAGAUAUAGAUCAUUCUAAGCACCAUCAUCAUAAGGAAGCAAAGAAUCAUCGUCCUGAAGCCCAUGCACCCUGAACCAAUCAUCAGCAAGGAGAAGCAAACAGUAUCAGCCAAUAAAAAUGGUGCAAGCACAGCAGACAGCACAUUAAGAGCCAAUCUGUGUGUAGAACAUUUUGAAGAUAUUCUGUAUUAACCAAUGAUUGGUAGAUUUGUAAACCAAACACUAAUGUAAAUUCCUUAUGGCCCACAUGGUUAAAAUAUAUAUUAUUUUCAGGAAAAUGUUGAGAUAUAUGGUUAAAUGAAUAUUACAUGCACAAUAAUAGUUUUUACUCUUCAUGAUAGUAAAUGAAUUUUUUUGAAAA